AUGGAUUUCUUAAACUUUACUGAACAAAACUAUACAAUAGACCGAAAUGAUACCUCAGAAGACCAAGAUAAAAAAGUGACGUCCAAGAUUCUGGUUUCUCUCACGCUUUCUGUGCUAGCUGUAAUGACAACAGUCAUUAACUCUCUGGUCAUGACAGCGAUCAUUGUGACACGGAAGCUCCACCAUCCUGCCAACUACUUAAUUUGUUCCUUGGCUGUGACUGAUUUCCUGGUUGCCAUCCUAGUCAUGCCCUUCAGCAUUGUCUAUAUCGUCAAAGAGACCUGGAUCAUGGGUCAGGUGAUGUGUGACAUCUGGCUCAGUGUUGACAUCACCUGCUGUACCUGCUCCAUCUUGCAUCUCUCAGCUAUUGCUUUGGAUCGCUACCGAGCAAUCACAGAUGCUGUCGAGUAUGCCAGGAAGCGAACACCUAAACAUGCAGGCAUCAUGAUUGCCAUUGUGUGGAUCAUUUCCAUCUUCAUCUCAAUGCCGCCAUUGUUCUGGCGGCACCAGGCAACCAGCAGGGAUGACGAAUGCAUCAUUAAGCAUGAUCACAUCGUAUUUACCAUUUACACCACAUUUGGAGCCUUUUACAUCCCCCUGGCACUAAUCUUGAUUCUUUACUACAAAAUAUACAAGGCAGCCAAGACUUUUCACAGAAGGAGCAUGAGUCGGGUUCUCAAAGAGGAGGUAAAUGGACAGGGUCUCUUGGAAGCAGGUGAAAAAAGCUGCAGGCUUACUUCAUCAGCAUCAUGCACAAAAGAUAAGACCUCAAACCCUUCAGGAGAUCUGGACAGAAUCCAUCUCUCCCUGCGAAGCCCUGACUCUGAAUCCAAGAAUGAAAAGGGAUGGAGAAGACAAAGAAUUUCAACCACAAGGGAGCGCAAGGCAGCAACUACCCUUGGCUUGAUUUUGGGUGCCUUUGUGAUCUGCUGGCUUCCCUUCUUUGUGAAGGAGGUGGUCGUUAAUACCUGUGAAAGAUGUCAGAUUUCAGAAGAAAUGUCUAAUUUUCUGACAUGGUUGGGAUAUAUCAAUUCGCUUGUUAACCCGCUGAUUUAUACAAUCUUUAAUGAGGAUUUCAAGAAAGCAUUCCAGAAGCUUGUCCAGUGCAAGAGCUAA